UGCAACGAAAGGGUGGGCCUUUGCUCUGAUGGUGAUCUUCUCUGUGCUUCUGUCAUGGAGCAUUCCAAGAGGCGAGUCAGAGAGAGCCUUUAUCUCUUUCUCCUCCCAUGAACCACUGGUCAAAGCGGUUUCUCUGGCUUCUGCUGAUGGAGGCCAAGAUUUCUUCAUGGAGAUGACAGAUUCUGUUGCAAUGAACAUUGAGUACGAUUUCUACCGCGAUACAUGCCCUGAAGCUGAGACCAUUGUAAGUUCUACGAUGGCUCAGAUUUACUCCCAGCACAAGAAUGUCUCUGCUCAGCUUCUUCGCCUCUUUUUCCAUGAUUGCUUCAUUCAGGGUUGCGAUGCUUCAGUCCUCUUGGAUGACAGCAAUGGGAAUAAAAACCAUUCCAUAGAGAAGCAGGCUGUGCCAAAUAAGACCUUGAAAGGAUUUGAUAAAAUUUAUCAGAUCAAGGAGGUGCUUGAAAAUGUUUGCCCAGGGGUGGUAUCUUGUGCUGACAUACUUGCUCUUGCCACCAGAGAUGGCGUUGUUCUGGCUGGUGGUCCCUUUUAUCCACUUUUCACUGGUAGAAGAGAUAGUGCCCGCUCCUACUAUGAUGAAGCCACGGCUGAGAUUCCAAAACCUGAUGAUAAUAUCACUCAGACACUUCAUCUGUUCUCACUCAGAGGUUUUACUGACAGAGAAACCGUCAGUCUUCUAGGAGGGCACAACAUUGGGAAGAUUGGAUGUGAGUUCAUUCAGUCUCGCCUUCACAACUUCAAGGGGACAGGGAAAACAGACCCAACUGUUUCUCCUAGUUUCCUCAAUGAGAUGAGAGUUUUCUGUGAAGACAAUGGUAAUGAGAAGAGUAGCCAAGGAUCACCAAUGGCAGCUACCAUGGCGUCUCCCAUGGCAUUCCCCACGGCAGGCCCCAUGGCAUCAUCCCCAAUGGCAUCAAGGGGCAUGAGUGAGAAGCCUGCGCCGAGGGGGAUGCCAUACUUUCAGCAACUGUCAUCAUCUGUAUCGUCUGGGGCAGGCUUUGACACUCAUUACUACCAGAGCUUGUUGAGAGGCAGAGGACUUCUCUUUGCUGAUCAGCAAUUGAUGGCUAAUGAGAGGACAGCCAGAUUGGUGAGAGCUUAUGCUUCAGACGAUGGAUCAACCUUCCGGAUGGACUUUGCCCGGGCAAUGAUGAAGAUGUCUAACCUUAAUCCACUCACUGGAUCUCAAGGUCAGGUCCGAUUAGAAUGCACUCUAGCUAGCUAGCUAGUUCUUAACUGACAGAAUCCAACCGGAGGCCAUGACGGAGAUUGAAGAAAAUUUCUGUUGAAAAAUUUGUUCCCUCUGGUUGUACAGUAGAGAAACUUUUAGCCAUGUUAGACCACAUUCAUUCCUUCAGCCAUCUUUAUUAGUCAUGUUCAUUUGUGAAUUGUUAGUACCUGCAGAUAUAUAGCAGCAAGCAAAGAAAGUUCAACUACAGAAUGUUAAUCCCCUUCCCGCCUAUGUAGAGUUGAAUUUUUCUGAUUGUGAAUAACUCAAGGACUAGUGUGAUUGUUUUCUUUCUGCCAUAUACAAGAUGGGAUUUUCUUUUUUCUUUUUCUUUCUUAAAAAUCCAUGUCCAUGUCCGAGACUUCAUAAUGAUGGAACUCAACUAUGGAGGCAUAACAAUCAGAACAAGGACCAGUGUCAUGUGGUUCUAUAGGUUUAGCAAAAUCAAAUUGAAUAAUUCAAGGACCAGUGUGAUUGUUUUCU